AUGAACACGAAGAAGGAAGGCUAUGGCGGCGGCGGCUUUGGCGGACAUGGGGGUGGUUACUACCGCGGAAAGAGGAGCGCCGAUGCCGACCCAGACCCUCAGCCCGAGGCUGAGCCCGGACACUUCCGCAGCUAUGGUGGCUAUGGCGGUGGCUAUGGCGGCUAUGGCGGUGGAUACGGACACCGCCACUUCGGAAAGAGGAGCGCCGAUGCCGACCCUAAGCCCGGUCACUUCGGAAGCUUUGGUGGACGUGGCUUCUUUGGUGGCGGAUUCCGCGGGGGCCGCGGCGACUACGGCGGACACUAUUAUGGAUAAACGAGCCAGAGGCUGAUUCCUAGCCAGGCAA